AUGGGCGCAGGAGAUGUCGACACCUCCAACCCCUUCCAUGUCGAUCUCGUCAUUCCGUUUGACAUCUCCCUCCGUGGUGCCGAGCGCCGUGACGCCCUCUACGACACGCAGGGCGGCUACUCACGUCUCAUUGCGGCCCUCGAGAGUGUUCCGGGGCUCCGCAUCGCCGCCCGCCCAGGCCGGGGUGGCAAGGACGCCGAGGACCUCUGGGUCUUCGUCGGCGCCAGUGACGCCAAGGUUGCCGAGCUGGCCGAGACCGAGCGCGUCAUCGACAAGGCGUAUGGCAUGAUCGUCCCCAACAGAGUCGGCCCUGUUUCGCCUGCCACCCGAUUUCGUCUUCUGUAUGACCUUCUUACCGCUCCUGGUGUCCAGGACGGUCUUGGCAUUACGCCUGGAGAGGGCGAGUGGAGCCGUGUCAAGUCGAUCAUGGCCCUCCACGACGAGGCUGCCGACAACAAGUGGGUCGAGCGCUGGGCUGUCGGCGGCGACUGGCAGAUUGGUCUCCUCAGAGGCCUGGACGAGAAGGACGAGGACCUUCUCAGUCGCAACCAACCCCCGCCUGUCAGACUGUACUUCAACUACCUCACGACCUACACCAUGUCGCUCAUGCCUCUCUGUGUCAUUUCCGUCGGGUUCUGGCUGUUCACUCCUGCCGAUAGCUUCCCUCCCUUGUACGCAUUCGCCCUUGCCAUCUACUCGACCGUCUUCAUUGCCGCUUGGCGCGUUCGCGAGAAGAAGCUCGCCGUGCGCUGGGGUACUCGUGGCUGUGAGACGCGCCGCGUCGGUCGCAUGCGCCCCCAGUACGUCAUCAACCAGCAGAUCCAGACCCUCGACCAGCCCCACCACAAGGCCGACCUCGUCCGCGACGGCAAGAUGGUGGCGUCUAUCCCUGUGGUGAUCUCCUGCGGUAUCCUCCUCGGCAUUGUCCUCAUGUGCAUCUUCAUGCUUGAGGCCUUCAUCUCCCAGCUCUGGCAUGGCCCCGGCAAGGCCAUCAUUGGCUUCGUCCCGAUGGUCCUGUUCUCUGGUGUGGUGCCACAGGUGAUGGCUGCGUUUUCCCAGAUCAGCGCCAAGCUCGUUCACUGGGAGGACCACCGGACCUGGACCAGUGCCACCAGGUCGCUCACGGCAAAGACCUUUGCCAUGAACGCCAUUGUCGCUUAUCUCGGCCUUUACCUUUCUUCCUACGUCUAUCUGCCCUUUGGUCCCUAUAUUAUGGCCCAUAUCCAGAAGCUCCUGUUCCGCUACCAGGGCCCCGCCGAUGCCCAGUUUGCCGCGGCAGAGAAGCCGGGAGCCAUUCGCGCCAAGGUCAACUCUGGUCGUCUUAGGGCCCAGGUCUUUGCUUACACCGUCACCAACCAGGUCAUCAACACUUUCCUUGAGAUUGGUCUUCCCUUCAUUCUCCGCCACGUCAACGAUGUUCGCAGCGGGAAGGCUGGCGUUCUGGACAUCUUCAAGGGCGGCAAGAAGGAGAAUGAGAAGGCCGCCGACCGUGGACAGGACGUCGAGAAGCGCUUCCUCGACAAGGUUGAGGCAGAGCUUGCCCUCCCCGAGUACAACAUCUUCGUCGACUAUGCCGAGAUGGUCACCCAGUUCGGCUACGUUGUGAUCUGGAGCAUUGUGUGGCCGAUCGCCCCUCUUUUCGCCCUUGUCAACAACUACUUUGAGCUCCGCAGUGACGCCCUCAAGAUCAGCAAGCACGUGCGCCGCCCCCUCGGUGACCGUGUGGAGACCAUUGGCACAUGGAUCGAUGCGCUCAGCAUCAUCGCGUGGAUGGGCGCGUGGACGAGCACGACGCUCAUUGAGCUGUUCCGUCCUCGCCGCUCGCUCCUCGGCGUCCGCAAGACGGUUGCCAACUUCCUGGCAUCGCACGACGUCGCCCCGACCUUCUCGCAGAUUGUGCCCACGCUCAUCCCCGUCGCGUUCUACGCCCUCGCCGCCUCGCACGGCUAUUUUAUCCUCCGCGCAGUCGUCAACGGCGUCGCGGAGCGCGUGUUCUGGCGCGGCUCGCCCGAGGAGCUCGCCGAGGAGCAGGCGCGCGCUAACAUGUCCAAGUCGGGGGUCGAGGAUGUCAUCGACGCGCACGAGGACUCGCAGCAGAAGAGGAACUACACGUUCCCGCAGGAGGACGCCGCGUUCUGGGACGGCGGCAAGGUUGGCGUGCAGGAGAUUGUGCGCGUUCUCAAGACCGAGUAA